ACCUUGCAUCUAUUCUUAUUGACUUUGAAUAUUAUGAACUUGAGGCAAUUAGAUUACCAGUAUUGAUCAUUUUCGCAUUUCCUUCAUUUGUGAUCUUUGACUUGCUCACGCUACAAGAAACAGAAAAUUUUUUGAGAAAUUCAUUUGAACUAGCCAUUAUCAUU